UUCUUUUUAAAGGGAUGUGGGAGUAUCGGCACCUCCUACGUAACGCUCAUCAGCGUGCAGAAGUAAACUAGUCUGGUCACUUAUGGAGGCCCAUUUAAACCAGGAGGAUUACUCAGCCUUCCCCUUGCUGAUGACCGGGUUCCUGUUUGAUCCUGUUUACAAGCUUUCGAAGAUUGAAAAGAACCCCAACUCCUCUGCAUUGGCUAAUUCAGAGGCAGCAAUUGUGUGAGCAGCCCCUUGGCAAGAGGACCAAGUGUAGUUUGUGACAGAAUUGAAUGGAGAUGAUCCCAAGCUGAAAGUCAAAACAGGAUCUUCCUUUAAGUUCACCGAGUGACCUGCAAUUUCAUUUCAGCAUCUAACACAGGAUGUCUUCCAAGCGACCAGCCUCUCCGUAUGGGGAAGCAGAUGGAGAGGUAGCCAUGGUGACAAGCAGACAGAAAGUGGGAGAAGAGGAGAGUGACGGGCUCCCAGCCUUUCACCUUCCCUUGCAUGUGAGUUUUCCCAACAAGCCUCACUCUGAGGAAUUUCAGCCAGUUUCUCUGCUGACGCAAGAGAACUGUGGCCAUAGGACUCCCACUUCUCAGCACAACACAAUGGAAGUUGAUGGCAAUAAAGUGAUGUCUUCAUUUGCGCCGCACAACUCAUCUACCUCACCCUUGAAGGCAGAAGAAGGUGGGCGUCAGAGCGGAGAGUCCUUGUCCAGCACAGCGCUGGGAACCCCGGAGAGGCGCAAGGGGAGCCUCGCCGAUGUCGUGGACACCCUGAAGCAAAGGAAAAUGGAAGAGCUCAUCAAAAACGAGCCAGAAGAAACUCCCAGUAUUGAAAAGCUACUAUCAAAGGACUGGAAAGACAAGCUUCUUGCCAUGGGAUCAGGGAACUUUGGAGAAAUAAAAGGGACUCCAGAAAGCCUCGCUGAGAAAGAAAGGCAGCUCAUGGGUAUGAUCAAUCAGCUGACCAGUUUGAGGGAACAGCUGCUAGCAGCUCACGAUGAACAGAAGAAGCUGGCUGCAUCUCAGAUCGAGAAACAACGCCAGCAAAUGGAGCUGGCUAAGCAGCAACAAGAGCAGAUUGCAAGACAACAGCAGCAGCUUCUGCAGCAGCAACACAAAAUUAACCUUCUUCAGCAACAGAUCCAGCAGGUCCAGGGUCAGCUGCCUCCAUUAAUGAUUCCCGUAUUCCCUCCAGACCAACGAACCCUAGCAGCAGCUGCACAGCAAGGAUUCCUUCUUCCUCCUGGUUUCAGCUACAAGGCGGGAUGCAGUGACCCCUACCCCGUUCAGCUGAUCCCAACUACCAUGGCAGCUGCUGCCGCAGCAACACCGGGCUUAGGCCCACUGCAACUGCAGCAGUUGUAUGCUGCCCAACUUGCUGCGAUGCAAGUGUCUCCGGGAGGCAAGAUUCCUGGCAUUCCCCAGGGGAACCUUGGUGCUGCCGUGUCCCCUACCAGCAUCCACACAGACAAGAGCACAAACAGCCCUCCACCCAAAAGCAAGGAUGAAGUGGCCCAGCCUCUGAACCUUUCAGCCAAACCCAAGACAUCUGAUGGCAAAUCUCCCACAUCACCCACCUCUCCUCACAUGCCAGCUCUGAGAAUAAACAGUGGGGCCAGUUCGCUAAAGUCCUCCGUGCCAGCAACAUUAGCGAGUCCUUCGGCCAGAGCCAAUACAAUAGGUUAUUUAAAUGACCACGAUGCUGUUACCAAGGCAAUCCAGGAGGCCCGGCAGAUGAAGGAGCAGCUACGGCGGGAGCAGCAGGUGCUGGAUGGGAAGGUGGCCGUGGUGAACAGCCUGGGUCUCAGUAACUGCAGGACAGAAAAAGACAAAACAACAUUGGAGACCCUGACUCAGCAGCUGGCAGUAAAACAGAGUGAAGAUGGGAAGUUCAGCCACGCAAUGAUGGAUUUCAACAUGAGUGGAGACUCUGAUGGAAGUGCAGGAGUUUCCGAGUCUCGGAUUUACCGGGAAUCCCGAGGCCGCGGUAGCAAUGAGCCCCACAUCAAGCGCCCGAUGAAUGCGUUCAUGGUGUGGGCUAAGGAUGAGCGGAGGAAGAUCCUUCAAGCCUUCCCUGACAUGCACAAUUCCAACAUCAGCAAGAUACUAGGAUCUCGCUGGAAAGCUAUGACAAACCUAGAGAAGCAGCCAUACUAUGAGGAGCAGGCCCGGCUCAGCAAACAGCACCUGGAGAAGUACCCAGACUACAAAUACAAGCCCAGGCCGAAGCGUACCUGCCUUGUAGAUGGCAAAAAACUACGCAUUGGCGAGUACAAGGCCAUCAUGCGCAACAGACGCCAGGAGAUGAGGCAGUACUUUAAUGUUGGGCAACAAGCACAGAUCCCCAUUGCCACCACGGGCGUAGUGUACCCAGGAGCCAUCGCCAUGGCAGGAAUGCCUUCCCCACACCUGCCCUCGGAGCACUCCAGCGUGUCCAGCAGCCCAGAGCCCGGCAUGCCCAUCAUCCAGAGCACUUACGGAAUCAAGGGCGAGGAGCCGCACAUCAAGGAGGAGAUGCAGCCCGACGACGUCAACGGAGAGAUCUACGAUGAGUACGAUGAGGAGGAGGACGACCCCGAUGCAGACUAUGGCAGUGACAGUGAAAACCACAUUGCGGGGCAAGCCAACUGAUUCGGGGUCCCAAUGUCUCGUGACCUGCAGGACUUCAAGGAAAAAAAGAAAAAAAAAAAAUAAAUAAAUAAAGCCCCAUCUGGUUUAUCCUUGCCAGUGGCCAAGCACAUUAACUUUCUCAUACACUGACUGUUACUUUAACUGUUAGUCUUAACUAGUUGGGACAUCAGCUGACUAAUAGACAUCAGCCUGCAUCAGAAAUAAAAAGGCUCAGAAGAAAGGAAACAAAGACAACGACAACAACAACAGAAUGAUAUAAGCUAUGGGUAAAAUAAUGCCAGUAAUUCAGCUGCUAUACCCAAGCACUGAAGUCUUACCCGUUGACCUUUUAUUAUUAUUAUUAUUUUUUUCAAAUAAACUUUAUGGCUGUUUGUUCUACAAUGUUCUAGAAAUUCUCACUCAGGUACACAGUGCCAACAAGUGGCUUGUGAAUGUGUUUUGUUGUUUUGUGCUACAGUUUAAAGAGAAAUAAUUUUUUUUUUUUGGUAAUGCACCUGACAGGAAAAAGAAAAGAUAAAAUUCCUUUUAACCCCCUCUGUCUCCUCCUCCUCCUCCUCCUCCUUCUCCUCUUCUUCCUCUUCCUCCUCCUUCUCCUCCUCCCUGUCAAAUCUGGGUCAGAAGUGUGUGUGUGUGCGUGCCUGUGCGCAUGGCUGGCAAGGAAGGAAGUGGGGAGUCUUUCUGUUAACCCCAACAAGCAUUUCCUUUCAAGAGAGGACUUCUCUUCAUCAGUUGCACACCAUACUGAGUCUUUGAGCAAGUGCCAAAUUUGUACUAAAGCGCUGAACUAGUCCAAUUUGCUUUUUUUAGGUUGGUCUCUUCUUGUUUUGCUUUACUUUGGCUUUUCAUUUUCUUCUUGCUCUGUCUUAAGUUAGGACAGUGUUAUAUCUUAGACAAUCCCUUGAAGAACCUGAUAUACCAGCAGCUGGUGAGAUUAGACAUAUAUUUUUGGUUUUGCUUUUGCUUUUUAAAGGAAACUGUAGGUGCUGUUCUCAGGUGAAAAAAAAAAAAGAGAGAGAGAGAGAGAGAGAGACAUAAGAAAUCUAGAGAAAAAAAUAUUUUAUGGUCUUGGAUUUUCAUGUGUGCGUGUUUAUGGUACUAAUAAGAAUUAUCUUGGACUAUCGUGAGCAAAAAACAUGUUCCAGAAUGAAGUCCUGCACCCUCCAAAUGACUUGGUCUCUAAGAAACCUUUACUUUUCGUUUACACUUCAAGUGGCAGCAUAAACAACAUAUGAAAGGCUUGUCCAAAAUGUGGUUUGUUCUGCACAGGACACAGCAACUGGAAAUGUUACCUCCUCACUGAGCAUAAUUAAGUUACCACCAACAGGGUCCAGUUCUGAUGAACUCGUACCUUCAGGGUAGUUGAGUACUGAUUUCUGAUUCAAAAGGCAAAUUUUUUUUUAACUGACUUUUUUUUUUUUUUUUCUCCUGUGCACUGGCAGAAAUCCUUUUAUCAGUGAGAUGUUUGUGUAGGAAGGAAAGCUAAUAGCUAUGAAGAGAUUUCCAUAUUCAUAGUGGGGUUAUAAGAACUCAAACCUUUGCAGUGCUGAGUUUCCCUCCCUGCUGCCUCUCAAAACUGAAAAAUUAUCCUCCCAUGCUAAAAUAUUUUCAGUGUUGUUGUAGAGCACUUACAUUGCUUGGGCAGUUUUGUCUUCCUUGAGCAACCACAACCAGAUGAGGAAGCUGCUCUGUGCCCUGGGAAAGGCAGGUCUUGGGAUUGUGCUGAAGCAAAAACCUUCAUUGGAAUUGUGUUUUUAACUGAGGAUGCCAACUUCAUGUUGCUUCCUAGAAAAUUCCUACUCCCAGAGGGAGAUGCACUGCUGUAGUUAUCACCUCUAACUUGCAAAAUUAGCCCUAUGCAUCCUGUUGGCAGUGGGAUCCCAGCCCAAGCACUCAGCAGAACCCUGGUCACCACAAUUUGGCAACACUGAUUUAGCAAACAGUCCCUUAAUCAGGCAAAUUCAGCCCUCAGUGCCAGGUGCAGGAGAAACAGGACAGGUAGGAAGGGGGGAAUUGCCUUUCUUUGCCUCUCAAAAUCCCACUUGAAGUGUAACUUAACCUCUGCAGACCUUGUGCAAAGCAAAAAGCAAAUGCCAUUGAAGACUUAGGACAAUACUCCAAUGAGUGGUUUGGGCAUGUGAUAGUUUUACCCUGCUACAUCUCUGUUCUUUUUCUUCUGUUUUCCCUGUUUUUAUUUCCACCUCUGCUUUGAAAAAUUCUUUUCUAUUUUCUCUCUCUCAGAAGAUUUGCUCUGAAAUUAUGCUUGGAGUAGCUGAUCAUAUCCUCCAUGACAGAGAGGGUUCUUUUUUGUUUGUAUUUUAUGACUGUGUUGGGUUUUGGUUUUUUUUUUUUCAGUUGAACUGCCUCUUCUUGCUAGUGUUGAAUGGUAAUUAUAAUAAUAAUAAUAAUAAUGGUCAGCUGUUCCCAGAUUAGUAAAUUAUGUAUAAUUUAUUUACACCCCCCCUUUUUUAACUUUAUUUUAUUCUGUUCUAAUUUGGCAGUGCAGCAAAUGAAGCUGUUAGGCUAUUUAAAAUGGAUACCCCUCCCCACCUUACCUUUUUAUAUAUAUAUAAAUAUAUAUAUAUACAUAUGAAAACAAAUCGCUUCUUCUUCUGCUCACACCAUUUCUCUUUCUUUUAUUUUAAUUUUGGCCCCAGCCAUGUCAACUUCUGAUGUUUAUUAUGAUGGAGUGAAUUAAUGGGAGUGUUGUUUUCAAUCUUAAUUAACUUCUGCUCUCUCAUCACUCAUUUUAGUUAUUUAAUUACACCAGUCAUCUAGAGCCAAUUUUUUUUAAGCACUCUGUUUGGAUAAGAAGGAAAAAAAAAAUAGACAAUUGUUUUUAUAUCAUUAUUAUGUACAAUGUGAAAACAGAUAUUUGCUCCUUUUUAUUUUAUUUUUUUUAAAACUUUUAAAUUUGUUCCCUGUCUUUGUGAACAAAUUACUUCUGACUCUUGUGGGUUCACCUCACAUUUGCUGGAUGCUUGAUCUCCACCACGGUUUAGAGACUCUCUGGUUUAAUUGUGUCACUUCGGGCUACCGGAAUACUUUGUUUUAGCUCCAGGUAGGUGCCACUGUGGCAGGUGGGAGCAAGUCUUGGAGGCUUGGGCUGGGAAAAGCCAGUGGGAAGGGGGCCCUUGGACUUCAGUGGGACCAAGUUUCAGUCCUGAAUUCUGCGGGAGCCGCUCCUGGAGGCAGCCUGGUGUCCAUGGGCACGCUGGGACAGUGCCCUUCUCCAAGAACUCCGUGCUUUUCACACCACCUCACCCAGGGCUCAGCUGAAACAGCUGAUUUUUUUCUGUACACAUUCCCUUCGGAGAGACUGUGCCCCAGCCUGGCCUUCCCCUGGCCUUCGGAAAUGGGUUGCUUUAGCAGACUGUCCACCUCCUCUACAUUUGGGAUGUUGAAGCUGUUGCAGAAAUGUUAAAAAGAAAAAAAAAGAAAAAAAAAAGAGGCCAAAAGAUGAAAAUACAAAUUUUUAAAAAUUGGCUCUGGGGUUCCAAACCAGCAAAAUACUUAAUGCCCAUGCUAAUGUUUUCUUAGGUCCAAGGAUGAGUACCCAUAUAUCCAUCACCAGUAGAAGACCACAUUUGAAAAUAGGGUACUGUUUGUCCCGCUUGAAUUUUCUGGGGAAAAUAAAGAAAAAACUAAAAAACAGCAACAACAACAACAACAAAAAAGGCAAAACAUGCAUUUAUAAAAAUUAUCUUCUUGUCUCGUUUCUUUUUUUUUUUUUUCCUGGGUUCUGUGCCCUGGAGCAUGUAGAAAAAACAGGUUAGAAGAGAUUAGGAUUUAUUAACCUAAAAGCUCAUUGAGGCCCUAAUGCCAAGGUGAGCUCUGUUCCCCUCUUCCCUGGGAACCUGGAGAGCCAGGAUGCUCCUGGGGAGCUGCCUGGGGUGGGGUGUACAGGCCACCUCCUUCUAAAUGCGGGGGUAGCCACCAUGCAUCUUGUGAUCUUGAGAAAAAACAUCACCAGCAGUGGGGAAAAGGGGAAAAGGAAAAAAAACUGAAGGCACUUGCUUCUAAGCUCAAUUAAAUAACACAGAGUAUAUCCUUUUUUCCAUUUAUUCAUGCCUUAUAUUAGUAAAAUGGGAUUUUUAAGUGCAUUUAACAUCUUUAUCUAACCGUUCCGCUAUAUUAAUCAGGCCCCCAGAAAAGAACACUAGCUGCUAUUAUAGCAUUUAAUUAGUUUUGUAACCAAAUCCUCUUAUUAUGAAUGCAUAUGGAAGAAACUCUUUCUUCGAAGACAUUAUUUCAAAGAUUUGGUUACUGCAGUAGACUGUCUUUAAUUAAAUCAUUUUUUAGAAAGUAAAUUGUCUUUAACCUUUUUACAGCACAUUUUCAGAGCUUUUUCUUUUUAAUCCAAAGAGAUGAGCUGUUAUUGUCCCCGAAGAAGCCUCUGACAUCACAUUUGUAACAUCAAAAAUAAUUAUACUCCAUGGAAAUGUAGGUCUUCCUUAGCAAGAAUUCAUCUGCUGUAAAGAAAGGCAGCUGUGUGGUAUCUCGGACAUUUCAGGGCAUGAUGUGUGGGAUAGGAAGUUUCUUUGUCUGACCACUUCUCAGUAGAACCAUCCCUUCCAUUUUGCAAAUAACUGUGUAAUUCACUAGAUGUGGAUUCAAGUGUAUCCUCAAUUCACAGGGCAUGGGCUGUCUGUUUAGCUUGGUUUAUAUUUACAUUUUUUUCAACUUUAUCUUAACUUCUCAGUUUCCCAGAUUGAAGAACAUGUCAAGUUCGUUUUUUCUACUGACUGAUUUCUCUACUCCCCAGUGUUUUUUGUCACUGGUGUGCUGAAACAGUAUUUAUAUAGCUCCAUUGGCUCUAAAGCUCUUACUCCUCCUAACGUUUUGGAUUUUACAAGUGAAAUGAAAAUAGAAAAGAAAUAGAGACAAUCAAAUGCCUGGAGCUUAAAACAAAGUAUGUGCAACCUACCAUCUCACUUGAAAUUUAAUAAAAGAAAUAAUUAUGUAAAUAUAACAUAGAGUUAUAGAUUUAUAUUUUGUUCAUAACACAUAGUGUAAUAUAAGUUGUAUAUUUUCAUGUUUUUGGUUUUAUGUUAUCAUUCAUGCCACAAUAAAUAAAAAAAACCAGGACUUGAUGUACUCUUUAAAAAAAAUACAAUGUGGAUUGCCACCAUCCUGGGGUUUUUGUUUUGGUUUUUGGGUUUUUGUUUCUUUUGCAUUCCCCUUUUUCAGUAUUACUGCCCUGCAAGGCACCAAUAAAACAGCAAAUGUGUUCUUUACCUA